GCUAUUCAACUAAACAGAUCAUAAUUAAACAUGUUGCUAUUUAAAUCAUUUUGUAUAAGUUUUUUAAUUUUAAGUUUCAUAUUCGAAAUACUUACCUUGGAAAACAAUGAGUGCAACAAAAUUGUUAUUGAGGGUGGAGAACAGGCCCUUCGAAAACUAUUUAACGAUUUUAUUGAAAUCAAAACAACUAUGCAAGAACUGAAGGCACAAUUCGAAGAUAAUCAAGAACUUAAUAACACCAAACAUAAAGAUUUGCCAAUGUUUGAUAUACGAGUUGAUACAUUACCCAAGAAAUGCCAGCGUGAUUCUCUACCCAAAGAUUGUGCUGAGGCCACAGCAUGUACUCAUCGCAGUGGAUUUUAUAAAAUCCAAAUUCCACCCUACACUGAGCCGUCAUUUUACGUUGAAUGCGAUGCCAAAACUGAAGAUGGUGAUUGGAUUGUUAUACAAAGACGUCAAGAUGGUUCAGUGGACUUCUAUCGCAAUUGGGAUGACUAUCAGAUGGGUUUUGGUGACAUUGAUGGUGAAUUCUUCAUCGGCUUGCAUAAGUUGUAUGCGCUGACCAACAACAAUGGUCCGCAAGAAUUAAUUGUAGAGAUGGAAGAUGUCAAUGAAAAGAUGGCCUAUGCCAAAUAUGAUGCCUUCGCAAUUGCCAAUGCUUCGGAAAUGUACAAAUUAAAGAAACUUGGAAGAUAUUCGGGCACAGCAGGAGAUUCGUUACAGCAUUCGGUCGGUUUUAAGUUUACCACAAAAGAUCGUGAUAACGAUGGGCAUAGCAACAAUUGUGCCGUGAUGUUUAUUGGUGCCUGGUGGUAUAAUGCCUGCCAUGUGAGCAAUCUAAAUGGUCAUUAUGGUGAUAAUGAAUUUGGCAAGGGUGUGAAUUGGAAAACAUUUAGUACUUAUACUGCUUCGCUGAAAUAUGCCAAAAUGAUGAUACGACGUCGUAGAUUUUAGUUUAUCUAAAAAUAGUUAGCUGCUAAAACUAAUUUGAUAAAUAAUAAACCUGGAUUGUAUUCGUAUCAGAUCACAUCUA